UCCAAUAUAAACUAAUCUGUUCUUUAAACGUGUAGUUUCAAAUCUUUCCACUAUGAGAGUGUUUCUGGCAAUUUGUGUAGCACUGACAGGGGUUGCAGUUUCGGCCGCACCACAAGUGAGUACUCGGUACCGGAGUCGAUAUGCCAAAGCCUUAGAAAGUACUCACAAUGCACCCAAACCACGAAUCGACGGUGGCCAAGAGGCAGUUCCUCAUUCCUUCCCUUACCAAGUCUUCGUCGAACUUUACUACAGCCCCAGUUAUGGUACUUACUGCGGAGGAGUGCUCAUUUCAGCAAAUUACGUACUCACCGCAGCACACUGCAUUGACAGUAUUUAUAUCGCUUAUGUUAUAUUGGGAGCUCAUAACCUCAAACAAACAGAAAACACUGCAGUACUCAGGAUCAGCGAAGAGAUGAAACCACAUGAAAACUUCAGCGUUUUCUACUAUCCGAAUGAUAUAGCUUUGAUCAAACUAUCAGAAAGCGUGGAAUUUACAGAUGCUAUUCAACCAGUGGCUUUACCAAAACGAAGCGAUGUAGACAAUACUUUUGUGGAUGCUGUUGGUACUAUUAGUGGCUGGGGCGCGACUGACUAUGUAGACGAUUCGAUGUCUAGUGUACUGAAUUAUGUUAAUGUUAAGGUAAUCACAAAUAGGAGUUGUCGUUUGGUGUUUGGUGGUUUGGUUGUUGACAGCAUGGUGUGCACUUCGGGUUUAAACCACGCCAGCACUUGUCUGGGGGACAAUGGUGGGCCUCUUGUUGUCAAUGGUGUUUUAGUUGGUAUUGCUUCGUACUACUCUGAGGGGUGUGGUGAUCUUGAAGCACCGUCAGGGUUUACAAGAGUGACAAGUUUCUUGGACUGGAUUGAGGAAAAUAGUGAUGUUGUAAUUGAAUAAGCUAUUUCUUUAUAGUAUUGUUAUUAAACUAAGUAGUAGAAGUGC